CAAGCGCGAUGGUUUUUCCAAUGCUUUCCAACGACGUCGCUGUGUUGGUGCGCAUAUUUUUAGCCUUUUAGUUGAACUCAUUUGCACUCAGCUCCUCGAUUAUCGCCGAUGCAAUUGCAGCGGAGUGUUUUCUUUGUUUAGAGCGAUCGGCAAUGAGGCAAGAAAACAAAUACAACAUACGCAGUUUGACAUUUAGUUGGAAGCGGAAACACUCCCGGCCUUCCAUUGAAAGCUCACAAUUUACAGGGAAAUGGUCGCUGUUUAAACUUAAAACAGAAUCAUGUUUAUGUUGGUAAACUUAAUCCCGAAUUCGACCCAAGUUUCUCCUGCAUUUCUAUAUAAAAAUAAUAUACAGAAUACAUUUUGCAUUGAUUCAAACAAUUUAAUUUCGAAACCUCAGGUCAACGACGUAUCUCACAACAAUAAUAAACCAAAAUCGAGCGAUAAACGCUAUCGCGGAGGUAUCAAACGAACAACAACCAGAACCUUUUAGAGAAGAACAAGCGAGAGGUCCAAAACGAAAUGUAAACAAUUUGGGGGUAACAAAACUAGUUUGCCAACGGUGCGUUUUGCCGGUAAACAAAUGACGCAUUAGUGAUUCAGAAAAAUCUAGAAAUGGGUAGAAAUAUGCAUUUACUAUGAAGUGUUAAAGGGCGAAUUUGAAGAAUCAUAUUGUCUGCAACUUUGUUUUUUUGGAUAUUUUCAUAAUUCUUCUUCGGCUUAACCCAAGCAUAUUGAAUAGCAGCGUGCCGAAAGUAAUGUAAUGUCGUUAAAGGCGAUUUUGAGGAACGGAAAUCCUAACAUCGUCUAGAAAUGUAUUUCGGGGAUGUCACCUAUCUGUAAAUACUCCAUUGUUGUUGCCCAAAUAAAGUAUCUUAAUUGUAAAAGUGGAUUUCUUUCUGUGCCCAUAAUGAAAGUCGCACGCUCGCCACGAUCUAUAGAUCAAUAAGUAAGGUUUUCCUAGAUCGUGAGUUAGCCUGGCACACGACAGAUGAUGGACCUCGACGGCGGCCCCCCAUAUAGCCACACAAAUAUCCACCAGCACAGACCCAGAGUAAAUGCGACCAAUUACGACUUCCUAAAUUCCUCAGCCAGAGCUUCCAUCUUCUGGGAAGAGAAUCAUAUUGCACACUUUCACCGCGAAAAAAAACGAAUUUGAGGCGCACAACAGAGUCAGGGAUUAUGCAUAAAUGAAUGGAGAUGGAUCGUUGUGGGCAUAGGAACUGCCUACAUGGGGAUGUGGAUGUGGACGGUGCUAAUUGCCGCGGCACUCGGUGGCGGAUGAACCGUUAAAUCGAAACUGGAGCACUGGCCCAAUAACGAUGAUGCACGCGGCCCACGGAUUAGCACCUUUCAACGAGCCACUACGGAUAGAUGUUCUAGAUACCCAAAACCCGCCAUUAGCACCAUCGCAAGGCGAAGUUUUUCUGGAGCAGCGCUUGGGACUCUUGGGUUAGUUGUCGAUUAAACUCCGAGCCAACUGGCCGUGCUAGCGAAACGAGGACUCGGAACCAUAUAGUCCAGUGCCAAGCGGAUAAUGUCAGCCUACGAGGAAAUGUCGGCGAAGUCGCCACGGCGUAUGGCGCCCAUUUGGUUUCUGGUGCUCACCCUGCUUCUUUUUGCGACCGCUCUGACGGCCGUGGCAGUGAUCGAAGCUGGGCGGGCGCAGAGCGGCACCGGUGGAGAAAGCGAUCUCCUGAUUCUCACCCGCAUGUGGAAUCACUUUAAAAACUGUGCCGAAAACGAUACGGAAAUCGCCACCGUGGAACGUAUUGCCAGGGAGGCCGGAAAUGCAACUAAUACUACUACAAGGCAGCCGGAACAUAGCAGAAACUUCUACGAGGAGCAGCAGGCGGUGGUGGUGAAUGCGCAGAGCAUGAAUCCCGUGAUGGGACAACGUCAGGACGCCUACGGUCCACCCCAUGGCAGGGAGGACUCCUACGACCAGGACCCUUACUACGACGUUGCUGAUGACUACGGGACGGGACGUUAUCCAUAUCCCGAGUCCAGACAGGACUCGGCGGAGGAGGACCACUUUUAUGAUAAGGACGACCCGUCGGCGAUUCCAGAUGAGGGCAGGGCGUCGCAGGCACGUCCCUACGAUUCAUACUACGCCCCCUGGUCACGUGGGAAACCAGCUCCUGUGGCUACUCAUCCUGCAGCUGAGGGCAAUAACAGGAAGCUCCAGGCAGGUCCUAAUAGAUCCCCCUAUCCCGCCUACGAUGAGGUGUACGAUUAUCCCAUGGGCUUUCAGCCGCGACCUCAUGCGGAAACUGAGUUGGCCAAGCAGUCGCAGCCCGCCCCCGCCUCGGAUAGUGCAGUGGUCCAAGUACAGAGCGAAUCCACCCUGGUCACCGUGCUGAAGAGUCUCAAACAGAUCUGGGACCUGUACCAGGCCCUCAUGGGUGCCUGGAACGCGGUGAGCGAACGCCACCAGCAGAGCACCGAGAAGUUCCGCCAGGAGCAGGCGGCGAAGCAGGCCGAGAAGGACCGACUGCGCCAGCAACAGCAGAAGACCAGGAUUAACUCCAAGAAACCGCCGCGCAUGGAGGGAAACAAAAAGAACCAGAACAAGAAGCCAGCUACCACGACAACCAAGUCCACAACCACGUCGACGACGACAUCUGCUCCAGAUAGCUCUGAGGAGGAGAAGGGAGAGGAAGAGGAGGAAAAGCUGCCACAGAAGAAGGUGGAGAAAGUCGAGACUGUAACGCCAUCGGCUCCAUCCACUAAAGUGGCCGCUCUCAAAGGGGAGAGGGGCAACCUGAGAUCUGUUCGUGGACUGCGACACAGACGCGAUGCCGAGGCCGAGGAAAAGGCUGAUACGGAUGUGGGCGAGGGUCGCUACAUCAAGGGCGAUCCCCUCAAGGGCUACUACGAUUUCGUCAUUACAGAGGGGUCCUACAAGUUCUGGGCCGUCUUUCAGGUGGGCACUGCACUGCUAAUCAUCUACUCGACGUUUGCCGCCAUUUACUACUCCAAGGUGAAUCCCCUGACCAGUGACUACGACUACACGGACUAUUUGGGAGGAGUUCGCUCUCUGUCCGGGGGCGAUGCCGAUUUCGUAGACGAUGGCGAUGCGUCGACGCCGCCAGUCUCAACCACCUCCCGCAUCAUGGAGUGGCUGCCGCGGACGGCGCACUCAAUCAAGUUCAUCCUUGAUGCCAUCGACAAGGUGCCACUGGAUAAUGACAAGGACCUGGAGCCCGGCUGGUCCGCGGGGAAAACGGACACGGCGAGGGGCAUGAGAUAG